AUGUAUAAUACCACCACAUUUAGAAAGGCCUACAGUUAUAGGAUUGCUUCCAUAAAUGGGAGUGUCAUGUGGCCAAAGACAAAUUAUACACCACCAUUGCCUCUUAUUAGUAGAAGAAUGUGUGGUAGGCCUACAACUAAGAGGAAGAAAUAUAGUACAGAAAAUAAAGGAAAACACAAGGUCUCUAAGGAUGGAAAGAAGGUUAAGUGUAGUAUAUGCAAGGAGAUAGGUCACAACAAGGCUACUUGUCGGGAGACAAUACCUCAAAAGUUAAAUGUGAAGAGACAGAAAAUUAGCGACAAGCAAAAUGCAGGAGAUGGUACUAGUAAUAAAGGUCAACAACAUGAGAAGGUGAAAAUGACUCAAUUGAGGUGGAAAAUACUCAAAAUGAUUUUCAAGUUGAGCUUAAUGAUGUUCAAUCAAGUCCUAGUGAUGCACAUGAUUAUGCUUAUAUGCAACUUACUCCACCUAGAGGUGAGGAUGUUGUUGAGGGUGUGGCUAAUGUUCAAGUGCAGGAGGGUGUGGCUAAUGUUCAAGUAUAGGAGGUUGUUGCUAAUGUCUAAGUGUAGGAGGUUGUGUAUCAUGUUCAACGGAAUAGAGUAA